UUGUAUGCAAGAAAUAAAAUGAAAAUGAUAUUUAGCAAAAAAAAAAAAAAAAAUAAAAUGAAAAUGAUCCGUUUUCUUGUGUAACUCUUGAAAAUGAAUUUGUUGUAUAGUAGCAGAAAAAACGUUUGUUGUAUCCUUGUCAGUUCAGUAAACUUGAAAUAGGUUUGAGAGGUUCUUUUUUAUCUUCCAAUACAGGAGGAUGACAGACGGAAAUUGAAUUCGAGUACAUUAUACAUUUUACAUUUCCCUGUAAUACUAGGUUUUCUCCCGGCCGUGAUGCUUAAUUUUGUAUCUAGUAUCGUCAAGGACUAAAAACUCUAUAAUACUUUGGUCCUAAUCGAAUCCUUACUGCCUCGUAUUAUUAAUGUCGUUCACAUUAUAACAUUGUCGACUUGACCUACACCUUAAAAUUCUUUGGCCAGAUAUCUUCGUGCAUACAUUGGUCCAAUUGUAUCCUUGCUACCUCUUAUAAUUAAAAUCUAAUGUAUUGAAAAGGGAUAAUAUAUUCAUACGCCCCUAAACUAAUUCACUUUUAUUCGAUAGGUCCCUAAACAAAAGAUUCCUCAAACCGGGUCAUUAAACUUUUCCAAAUGCUGGAAUCUAGUCCUUCCGUUAAGUAGAUACUAACAGAGUUAGAAUCUUGCUGAUGUGGUGACACAUCACCCGCUGAAUCAUGGUGACAUGACGAAAUUCACCUGCUGAUUCUUACAGACAUUAAAACAAUGAAAUUGUACAAUUAGUAAAGCACAGCAACUCAAGUUCAUUCUUACUUAAAACAGAAAAUGUUAUGGUAAUCUUCACUCCCAUCACUCCCAUCAUACUUUUUGAAAGGGCAAGGAGUCUGAGAUAAGUUGAUGAGCACAGAGAGAGAUAACUUUUUUCCCCCUUCUACUGAACUGAAGUUUUGGUUAUCAAUACACACACCUUUCUUAUGUAUACAAAAACUUGUUUCCCCAUAAUCUGUAAAACAAAAACGGGGUUAGGGUUUAUAAGUGGAAAUUGGGGUUUUUAAUUUGUAAAUUAAUUGUGGUUGAUUGGUUGUGUGUGAAAGGAGAAGGGCAUGAAAAUGUGGGGAGGAGGCCGGAGUCUCGCGUCGGCGACGGAGACUCACGGCGGCAGAAGGGGAGAGAGAUAGGCGGCGGUGGUGAGCUUGGUGCGGGGAGGAGAUUGAGGAGGUGAGGUGUGCGUACAGGAGAGAGAGAGAGCAACGAGGGAGGUCGCCGGAAAUUUCUCCGGCCAGGCGGUGGCAGCGGCUAGUGAGGGAGAUGAGGGAGAGAGGAGAGAUGGGGGAAGGAGUUUUUUUAUAUCAUCCUUUUAACUUUAGUUUCAUUUUAAUUUCAUUUUUCUUUUUUUAAUGUAGGUACAAAUCAGCUGGUGAUGUGUCGCCAUGUCAGCAUGAUUCAGCGGGUGAUGUGUCACCACAUCAGCAAGAUUCUAACUCUGUUAGUAUCUACUUAACGGAAGGACUAGAUUCCAGCGUUUGGAAAAGUUUAAUGACCCGGUUUGAGGAAUCUUUUGUUUAGGGACCUAUCGAAUAAAAGUGGAUUAGUUUAGGGACGUAUGAAUAUAUUAUCCCUAUUGAAAAAGCAUGUAACUUGUUGUACAAUAUAAUUCCAUUUUCUGGCAUAGUCACUGAAAUUGAAAAUGGUUAUUGUGUUAUUCAGAUUAGUAAACUUGAAAGAGGCUUGGAAGAAUUUAGUAAAAUUGACUCAGUGAUUGUUUCAUUGUACAGUUUAAUUGGACCAAAAACAUAAAAGGAGCAGCUCCUAUAAAGAACAGGAACAAAAUCUAUAGAUUGUUAAUGAAAGUUUUUUGUAUGAAGAUGAGUCAGGGACCAUCUUCUCCGUCUUUGAUCAAGUUACAUAUAUCAGAGCAUUCCACCAAACAAUACUGACGAGUCCGGAAUCCUGGCCUGAAAACCACUAAUGGUUUCCUUACAUUUAAAGGGCCUUCACCAGGAGAACCAUCGCCACCACGGAUGCAGCGUUUGAUCCCAUCACCGACAUUAACAUUGAUGCCGCCGCCGCUGUUGCUACUAAGCCAAUUGUCAUUGCACGAUUGCUGGUUCUCACUGAGUUUACUACUACUCUUUCCUUGCUGCUGUUGUAAUCCAAGCUACACUUGACACUGCUUACUCUAUGGUAAGAACAUGGCAUUGAGCAUCUGCUGAAAUCGCAUGAUGAUACACCAUAGACUACCAUUCUCUCUUCUUGCUAUUUCUUAAUUAGCCUGCAGUUUCUUACCAUCAUUUGCCUUCGAAUGCAAACUCCUAGAAUCUUCUUGAGAAUCUAAGAUAUCAUGCAUAAAAUCUCCUGAGUGCCGAAUUUUUGUAUAAACAGUACUCAAGUUUUCUUUUCUGUUAGUGUUGCAAUGGGAAGGCAUAGAUAAUUAGAUAGAUAGAGCUAGCUUAUUUACCAGAUUUUCUUGAAAUUUAAUGAUCUGCAUAUGUCCACAUAAACAUACACCAGAUGCUGAGAAGUUGUGGUCCCUUACCUGAUGAUAACUUUUAGUCUUUGGUAGCUUUUAAUAUCCACCACAUACUAUAAAUAAUUUACAACCAAGAGUUUUUGUGAUGGAAGAUUGAAUUUUUAGGUCUCAAAUAUGAAGAUAUUGUUAUGACUUAUGAUUACACUUCUCAUCAUGAUUUGUAAGUUUUACUAGUGCAGUUCUUCGAUGAACAUCAAGUUCUUCAUAUGCUCGGAUCUCAAUUCCUUUGUGUAAUUUGUUUCCGAAGUAUACUUAUUCGAAGCAGAUAUAGUUGCUGAUUUUUUGAUGUCAUGAAUAUCAGCAUCGAGCAUACCCCCGCAUAAAUAAGGAGUUACCAGCACUCCAGCAGUGUACUGUUGGAGCCUAAUUUUUAAGUUUUUCCAGGGCAUGUAAUUGAAAUAUUAGUGAGUUUGGGUAUGCCAUGUAUCUUUAUUCUGUCUUGUCAGUUUUUUUAGGAUUCUUUUUCCCUUUCCUCCAUGUGAAGAUACAAGGAUUAAAUCUCUAAUUUUCAGCUACUCAGCAGGAAGCACCGAGUAGUAGCACAUGUUAAUGAGCUCGAGCCCCGAAGUUUUCAAUCGAGCUCGAGCCAAGCCUGACAGUGUUCGACUCGGCUCGGCUCGAUUACACCCCUAGUAGCAUCCCUCCCAGUUGAGAUCCAUUUCUCUUGUUUCUGACAUUCAUGUAGUAAGAGACUGGAAUAUUCUGUCAGACUCUAAAGAAACUGAGAUGAGAACAGUUGCUGGAUUGUGUUAACCUCUACUUAAUGCUUAUUUGUUAAUAUGUUGUCCUCUGUUCCUCACUUUAAAGUUGUAAUCAUGUACUAGAGUGAGUGGAGUUGUAAAUGAAGUAUCGGGUUUGUUCAUGAAUAUCUAUAUUUCAAAUUUCACUCAAAAUCGCAGGUCGGAUUAGUUAUGGUACCAUGUUAAGUUACUAGUUUUUUCAAAGUACGAGGAGAAGAGUUUAAUACAUAAGCUUAUGUGUUAUAGUGGAUAAUGAAAACCUAACAGGGCUCUAUUGGUAUCAGGAGGAUCUUCCCUUUAGCAUGUCAGGAGGAUCCUGUACUUGACACUGGUGUUAAUAAAACAGCAAAAUCGCCUCCAAUGGAUAUCAAAUUCGAACUUUUAGCCAAAUAACUUUUUAAGUUUCAGCAAACAUUGUGAAAUUUCAACCGUAAUUGUAAGUAAACUCAGUGUGCGUGUGCGGUUUACAUGUAUUUUAAGGUGUUAAAAAAAUCAGAUCCAAAUAUAAUUAUUUUUUGCAAAAUUUAUAUCAAAUAAAAGUAGAUACUAAACUUUUAUUUGAUAUGAGAAUUGAAUAUUUUUAUUGAGUGUAGAUAUUAUUUUUUUUACACCUUAAUAUGCGUGUCAAAAAGACAAACAUCAGUUAACGGGGUAUUCAGAUUGUCACAUGUUUAAAAAAUGUUAUCAAAAAAUUAAAUUGUAACCAUUAAAUUAUAUUUUAUUUAACUUUGAAAUAUGUGAAUCCAAUACCCCACAUUUAAAUGUGUACACAGUAUACCAUAUAAUUUUAUUAAUAUUUUAUAUGGUUAUAUUCGUAAAAAGGCAUAGCAUGCACCAUUUCUUAAACCGCUACUCCUGGAGUCAUGGUGUCAUGCAGUGACGAGCAUUGAGCAGUUAUAAAACCACCACCAAGUCAUUAUCUCUGUCUGCACUUUCUUCAUGUCCUCAACAAUGUCUCCCUCCACUCUUUUCUUCCUCUGCUUCUUCUUCAUAACUCUCUGUUUUACUAAUGGGAUUCAACUCAAGAUACUAAACAACUGCAAGGACACCAUAUGGCCUGGAAUCCUCGCGACAACGGGCCACCAGACGCCUAGCCAUGGAGGUUUCCGCCUCUACAGCACCGAGAAAGUACUAAUUGAUGUCCCCGAAAGAUGGUCAGGGAGAAUAUGGGCUAGACAAGGCUGUUGCUUCGACAACAACUCGGGUAGAGGCUACUGUGAGUCAGGAGAUUGUGGAGGUUUUCUGCAUUGCAAUGGAACAGGAGGAACUCCACCAACAACUCUGGUGGAAAUGACAUUUGGAACCUGUGAAUCCGCUUUGCAUUACUACGACGUGUCGUUGGUUGAUGGAUUUAAUGUUCCAGUGGCAAUGAGACCGGAAGGUGGUGCAGGCUGUGACAUGGUGUCAUGCGCAAAGGACUUGAAUGUGUUCUGUCCUUCGAAUUUGGUGGUGAAGAAGGAUGGGAAAGUGGUGGCUUGUAAGAGUGCUUGCAUGGCUGCAAGAUCAGAUAGGUAUUGCUGUACAGGGGAGUUUGCUAAUCCGAAAAUUUGUAAGCCUAGUGUUUUUGGUCAUCUGUUCAAAGCCAUGUGCCCUAGGGCUUAUAGUUAUGCUUUUGAUGAUUCCUCUGCGCUCAAGACUUGUAGGGCUUCCCGGUAUGUUAUUACAUUUUGUCCUCCUAAGUGAUGUAAACAUGUCACUGAGAUUGUUAAAAAUAUCUAUUGUAAUUUGAUUUCAGAUGUUUUGUAGUAAUUUUUGUUGCUUUCAAGUUGGAUAUACCGGAUAUGUUUGUCUGAUUUGUUUUUUUAGCGUCAAAUGAGAAGUACACUACAAUAUUUGAUGACUAGCUGAUUUUGUAAUUGCAAACUUGACAUGUCAAACAAAAGCA